AAGUCAGCACUGAUAUUCCGGAAGAGCGAGUCAGAAGGAACUAGAAAGACGCAUCUCUUCUUUGUGAGGAGCGACGGGCGGUUUUAACCUCCGGCCGGACUAGUCAGCGAUACCGCAGCGUUAUAUUAUUAUAGCGCCAGUCGGAGCUCCGUGUUGCCCGUUAAGAGCAGUCUCAGUGUCGGGCAGGUGUCCUCUCGAGCGCCGGGGAUGGCGGCUUUGGUUUUAACCAGCAAAGCUCUUCACGCGCAGCUGUCCGUAGUCAUGGGAGCGCUGACCAAAGCGGCGGUGGCGGAGAUCUGCGCGGUGGUGGACGAAGGCUACGCGGCGCUACAGAUGGAGAUCUCGCGGAGCCACCGGGAGAACGAGGACCUGAAGAAGAAGCUUCACCUUAUAGAGUCCAUAGUGGUCCACGCGGACAGGCACGGGAAGGCUGCGGCGGCGGCGGAACCGGGAUUUGUACCGGCCGCGGAGAGCGCACAGAACGCGGAAAUACCGCAGCAGCGGCGGGACGGUGAGGGCGGAGACACUGCUGCUGGAGGGGAAGGAGGAGGUGUAGUGCUGCUGCACGAGGAGCUUCCAGAUGUGGUGUUAAUCAAAGACGAAGACUCGGACAGUAACGACAGCUUUGACGAAGAUAACAGAGCGCCCGCUGACACAGGGACAGCUGCAGCCAGAGCGUGCGUCACGUCGACGCCCGUCGGCCGCGGCAUGAAAAGACACUGGCCAGGGUGCGAAGAGGCGGACAGGAAGCCGUCCUCCGAGCCGCUCGCACCGAAGGCCGGCGCGGCGGCUCAGAGGCAGAGCGCGACUGUCUUCACGCUGGACGCUGCUCGCAGCGAACCGGGAUGCUCCGGCCAGCUCGCCGGUGCCGAGACGGAGGCCGGCGAUUCGUCCCUCGGUUCCUCUUACUCCGCGCAGAUGGACCCGGACGUCCAGCUGCUCCACCCGAGCGCAAACAGACAAACGUACUUCGGCAACGGCGCCCUGAUCAAGUCCCAGUCGCCCACGAGCAGAGCGGAACUAGAUCUCAGCCUGACGUGGACGAAACAGCCGAAAACCCUUCUGACUUUUGCUCACUUCAACCCCAACGAGAACAUGGACGUCGGCGACGCUUUCGGGCUCAAGAUGGUCAACGUGAGCGGCUCGGCCGCCCCAGACUGCCAGCUGUCCGAGGGCAGCAACUCCGCGUUUGAGUACGACGACGGCGACGUGGCGAACUUCCCGCCGUACGGGGACCAAACCAGUGGAGGACCCCCGCCGCUCUGCAACGGGCAACCGGGCAGCCGCGCCAGGCGCUACGUGUGCGCCAUCUGCGCCAAGACGUACGCCACGUCCCAGAACCUGGACGUUCACAUGCGGAUCCACACGGGCCAGCGGCCGUUCAGCUGCGCCCAGUGCGGGAAAAAGUUCACCCAGUCAGCGCACCUCAAGUCGCACCUGAGCGUGCACUCGGGCGAGCGGCCGUACGUGUGCACGUUCUGCUCCCGGAGCUUCAUCGUCAAGUACAGCCUCAAGUUACACAUGAAGAAAUGUCAUCCUGACGCCUGUCCUUUAUGGCCGCAGCUGUGCCGCAACAAAUCCGGACCUGUUACUAAAAACAUGUCUCCGGCCGCUGCCAUCCACGCGCAGCUCGCCUCCAUCAUGGAGGUGCUGGCCAACACGGCGGUGGCGGAGAUCUGCGAGCUCGUGGACAGCGGCUACUCGGUGCUGCAGCUCGAGAUCUCGCGGAGCCGCAAAGAGAACGAGGUCCUGCGGAGGAAACUGCGGCUCAUGGAGCUCCGGGCAGCGCGCUCGAGCGCCCUGCGAGCCGCCGCCGCUAACGGCUCCGCGCUGCUGCUAGCUAACGGCCGCGCUCGAGCUCCACUACCUGCUCAUCACCUGGGAAACUGGCCGAGGCGCAACGGGACGCCUGGAGGUGAGGCGGCGCGGCCCAGAGUGUCCAACCCAGAGAUUCUGCGGUGCGGAGACCCCGACCCUCUGUCCUCAGACUCUGGACUAGAUCCCACCCAGGGGACGCGUGCAGCAGCGGCGGGGGAGUCGGCCACGCUGACCAUCGCCGUGAUCAAAGUGGAGGACGACCACGAGUCCUGGUCCCAGCCUGAGCAGGACAAAGACUUUUGUUGCGUUGUUGAUGGACAGACGGCCGAGACAGAAGCCCCGCCCCCGCCGACCAAACAGGAAGUAGCAGAGGAAGCCGGCGCUCCGUCUCAGCCAUGGGUGAGCGGGGACGUCCAAGAAACCCUGAACUCCAGCCAGAAGUCAGAAACCAGCGCUUAUGACUGUCUGAUGUACGAGCCGCAGCUCCAGCACGACUCCCUCGCUACCCAGAAUCCUUUGAGGGAGGAUCCCGGCUGCUCGUACGCGUUGAACGGCGGCGCAAGUGCUUCCGCUGCGACUGAUUUAAGCGGCAGCAGCUUCCCUUUCCCCGUCAGUGAGCAGGCUGCAGGUCUCCACAACAGCCAGCAGAGGGCGCCACCGGCACCUGCAGACGGGCUGCAGCUUCCCGCGAGGAAAGAGACAACAGGAAGACCCGACGCGUUCCUCAGAAGGGACAAAUGGCGACCUCGGGACGGCGUCGGUCACAGCAGGGGGGAGGACGGCAGCGGCGGCGGGAAGUCGUUUGUCUGUAACUUCUGCGGGAAAAGUCUGGCGUGCCUGAAGAACCUGAAGACCCACAUGAGGGUCCACACGGGCGAGAAGCCGUUUGUCUGCGCGCUCUGCGGCAAGCGCUUCUCCGACUCCAGCAACCUGAAGCGCCACCAGAGCGUCCACACCGGCGAGAAGCGCUACGGCUGCGUGCACUGCGGCAAGCGCUUCGCCCAGUCGGGCUCGCUGAAGGUGCACAUGACCGUCCACACGGACUGCAAACAGUUCAGGUGUUCCUUCUGCGGGAAAACGUUCAUCUCGGGCAGCCACCUGCGGCGCCACGUCACCGUGCACGCCGCGGAGAAACGGUUCGCGCCAACGAUCCAGUGACCGAGGGGGGGGACCCCGAAUCUUACAGGAGCCACAUACAGUGGCUCAGCAUAAGUUUACACACCCACGCUAAAGUUGACUAAAAAGAGGAAUAAAAAAACAUCAUCUUUUG